CAAUCACCACGCUUCCUCACGCUCCACCUGUCCGCCGGCACGCUUCAGCUCUCCCCCGCGCUUACGCUACUGCACGCGAUUUCAGCGAGAGCGCUCGCGUUUCAAGCGCCUCAGCUCCCCUCAUCCGCAGCGCGAAUUACACCGCCGCCCACCUUACGCUGGGCUGGUCAGAGGGCCGUCGUCAGUAUGGCAGGUUCACAGCAGCAGCAGAUUGUCGACACCAUCUUCUCCAUGAAGAGGAGGCUUGUGCGGACAGAGGAUUCGUCUGAGUCCGAAGAGACCGAGACGCCCUACAGCAACCAGAAGCAAAGCCUAAAGCGCAAAGCGCAGUACACCCGCUCCGGCGACCCAGACUUCCUGUCGGACCCCCGGCCAUAUAAGAAGAGAAUCCAGCAUGCGGGCUACCAGAGAUACAUCCUCCAACGCAACCCUCCGCGAUACGAUCCCGACGGCGACAUUGUCGAGGUUGGCGACGAGUACGAAGAUGAGGACGAUCUGUCGACUGUGGAGGAGAAUCCAUACGCCGACAUACACCUUGAGACUCUCCUUGCGCCUUUGACCUCCGCUGCCGAUUUGCCGAACCACCCCUCCUACAGCGUAGCCUAUACCUCCAAGCAUCUAACGAACUUGACAAAUGAGGCCGGAGCUAUCUCGCGGAAGGAACAGACAUCUCUUUCCCAAGCGAAAAUCCUAUUCACGAAGCUCCAAGGCGACUCUACGUUUGCACCAGCUGCGUUAGCCGCCAUGGCAAGUCAGCCAUUCCAGGACGGCUGGGCCAAUGGUACCAAUGGUCGCAGAGCAAACGGAGACUCCAACCAAGGAGAGCGCCCAGAGGCUGAGGAUAAUACACAGCCGCAGAAUGCAUCAAAUGCCACUCAAGACGUGGAAAUGGAAGAUGCGGGGCAGAGCAACGGUGCCCCGCCCAAGACCGAGGGGAGCAACGGCGACCUGAAGACAGACCCGCAAAACGGCGCUGAACCUACUAUAAACGGCACAUCUCAUGGCAUAGAUUUGGACAAACUGCAGCAGAACGGCGAGAGACCGCCUUCUCCAGGCGCCGACGACGCCUCCGAAACCGCGUCCCAGCAGACAUCGCACCGGAUGACGACCCGCGCACGAGCGCAAGCAGCCUCAACGCCCUCCCCACCUUCCUCUCCCUCCAGCGUCGUCAACCCUGUCCACCCCCUCUUCUCGUUCUCUACGGGCUCCCUUCCCGACCGCGAUUUCGGCCUCCCGCCCGCCGAAGCCGAAGAAACACGCAUGCUCCUCAUGGCAUAUGUACAAAAACAGGAGGAGAUCGCGCGCGUAGCCACGGAUCUAUACAUAGGCAUGAUGCGAGGCGAGCGCAUGCGCCAGGAUGUCUUCAAGUGGGCGAAAGCAGAAGGCCAUGUUGGCGAGAUGAGCGACGGGGAGGACUGGUAUGAUCGCGAGGAAUGGGCUCUGGAUGAGGAUCUGAUAAAAGGGAGGGAUGAGGAGGAGGAUGAUACGGCGGCGGCAGGAAAGAAGUCCACUAGGCAGCGGAGGAAGCCGGAUAAGGAAGAUCGGUAACUGGGCGCCUGGAGUGCUUUGGUAGACUUUCAAUAGGUGAACUGAAUACUUUGGAAAAGGGAGCCUGAUGUGCUUCACUGCCUCUACACAAGUAGACAGAUGCUCUAGUUGAUGGCCAUUGCUACUCGGUACACUACUAUACAGGUGUGGGUAUCAUAGAAGAGC